AUUUCAGACCUGCGACGUGCCAUAGAAGUUCACCUGGACAUCUAUCAGCAGUGUCAGCGUUGGAUAGCUGGGAACAGGGUCGUGCCAUGCCAGGGCACGGACAAUUUGGUGCAACGAGGCCUCGGGCAAGUCUGCGAACUCACGGUGAUCCACAUUGGCUACGAGCCUUUAAACAGGUUGCCAUGCCGUUUUGAUAUGAAGCUGAGUGCCUGCAAUAUGAGGGCCACAUACCGUGAUUCUUCCAGGGUCUCUCUUUUCCGUAUCAGGGCAGAUGUCCAAGACCGGCAGAUGACCAUACAGCGAAGCACUCGCAACCAUUCGGAGACCUACAUGUACGACCUCAAGAACAAGUCCACUAAAUACUCUGGUGGACACUGCCUCUGCGUUCCGAGCCAGAAUGCCAAACCCCUCGAAGGGGAUCCGCUCUGUGACUUCGUGGACAGUUGGCAGUAUACAUCAGAAGUCGACUUCAAGCCCUUAUGGCGGCUUUCCAGCAGCGAGGAAGCCGCAGCGAACUUUUGGUCCGACCCGUUCAUAAGUCCGAACGAGGACUAUGUGGAGGUCAAAGUUGAUAUUGCCCUUGGCACGCUCAAAGCCAAGAUUGUGCGCUUGCUGAUCGACAGGGAGGGCAAACCCAAGAGAGCAGCGGUGAAGCAUGACGGGAAUUACCUGCACGAGUAUGCGGUGGAGGUACGCGAGUGCGAUCCGCAAGCAGAUGCAGCAGAAAGAGGUCCUAAGUGA